AUGCACGUAGUGCUGACUGUGACCACCUCCCAGGACCUGGACGACACGGCGUAUAGCGCGCUUAUUGCUGCUGAAAUCGGCCGGCUUCGUGCUCAGAUCAACGAGAAGGCUGUCUGCGAUCUGGCCUCUAGUCUGAAUGGCAACAGAUCUUGCACUCUCGAAUACCCUUCGCAGGUAGUUGGGUCUCAAGCUCUGAUGGGCUGCGCCAACUACCACGCUCGCAUCCGCUUCGGCAAUGCAUCACCAUCCUGGCUUAUGCGAGUGCCGCGUGUUUCUGGCUUUGCAGUCGGGCUUCCGAUUCGUCUCGCAGAAUACCUAAUUUGCAGCGAGUACGCGACCUUGAAAUUCCUAGAGUCCACCACAGUGCCGGCACCGCGAGCCUUCUCUUUCGGCAUUCCUUCUCAGGGUACCGGUCACGGUGUCGGGGUAUGUUUUCUUCUCAUGGAAGAGCUGCCGGGGAGGCCUUGGGAUGGUCAAGGCGACGCCGCCAAAAUUUGGAAAGGACUUGCCGAGAUCUACGCCGAGUUGGCCAGGCACCCGUUCAGCAGAGCCGGGUCCCUAUGCGUAGAGUCCCCCGACGAAUUGCCAUCCAUCUCGGCGACGGCCAGCGACCGGUUCCAAUAUCUGGCGUUGAUCGCGGACGGUCAACUAUACCCUCAGUUUCCUGUAGAAGCCUACCUGGUGUAUCGAUUCCUGCAGGAAAAUGCAACGCAGCUCUCCGAUUCCGAGGGCAAGUUCUUUCUGGAACAUGUUGACGACAAGGGUGAUCACCUGAUGGUCGACGGCGACUCGAACAUUACCGGCAUUAUCGACUGGCAGAUGGCUCGAGUGGUUCCGCGGCGAGAAGUAUUUGCUCUAUCCCUCGUUUCUGCCGACAUGAGAGCUCUUUGCGAUGGCACUGUAUCGCUGAGCUCCAAGGAUGUUGCCCUAAGGAAUGCCGUACACGAGAAAGAUUUAGGGCUGGCACAGCAUAUGGAAGACGAGAAGGCGAGGAGAUUUUUCUGGGGAUUGGGACUUGAGCCAAAGUGGGCCUACGCGUUACCAUUAGCGAAUGCCAUCCUUCGAGUCUUUGGCGUUGAACAAUGCUGGGAUGAGUGGAAAGAGGUAGCAUUGGAGCGGUAUGGGAGAGAGGGACGCCUUAAAGCUCUUAUCCAGGAGUGUUCUGUAGAUGCUGGCAUAUAA